GAAAGCCACAUGUCACUGAAACCUCAAGUCGUUUACAUGUAUUAUGUCUUUCGAGAGGGGAGGAGGAGGUAGAUGCAAUCCGAGCAUUGAGUGCUCCGCUGUCUGCAAGGAAAUUACAUCUUUAAACCUCACACACAAAACCCUGCAGCUAGCAGCACCAGUCCAGUCAGUCAGACUAAGGGGGGCAGCAGGGUGGGAGCCUCCUUCUUCAACACAAGAAUUGAAAGUCAAGAAGCAAAGGGUUGAAGAACAAUAAACUCCUCUGGGGACAGGGACAAGUCUUUUUGGAAACUUAACACUGCAUUUAAAAUUGUAUCACCGGAAAGAAAACUAUAUUUGAAGUAAGAAGAAAGAGGACAAGGUCAGCACUGGAAUAAUGAAGACAUUACUUCUCCUGUGUUCCUGGAUGAUCCUCUGCAAUGCACUGCCAUUUGAACAAAGAGGAUUCUGGGACUUUUCAAUGGAUGAUGGACUCACAAUGAUGAAAGAUGAGGCAAAUGAAGAUGGGUCAGGUUUUACUGUACCUCCUAAAGUCGAUGGUCCUACCACUCUUCCCCCUUUUAUGCCUCCUAUGGAUAUAUGUCCAUUUGGAUGCCAGUGCCACCUUCGGGUAGUACAGUGCUCUGACCUUGGUUUGACCAGUGUGCCCAAGAAUAUUCCAAAGGACACCACCCUCCUGGAUCUGCAGAAUAACAAAAUCACGGAAAUUAAAAAAGACGAUUUCAAGGGACUUACCAACCUUUAUGCCCUGGUUUUAGUAAACAACAAAAUCUCCAAAAUUAAUGAGAAGGCAUUCGAGCCAUUGCAGAAGCUGCAGAAGUUGUACAUCUCGAAAAACAACCUUGAAGAGAUUCCUGGGAGUCUACCCAAGUCUCUGGUGGAGCUUCGCAUUCAUGAAAACAAGAUCAAGAAGAUCUCUAAGGAUGCAUUUAAUGGUCUCAAGAACAUGAACUGCAUAGAAAUGGGAGGAAACCCACUUGAGAAUGGAGGUAUUGUCGCUGGAGCUUUUGAUGGACUGAAACUUAACUACCUUCGUAUCUCAGAAGCCAAAUUAAGCGGCAUCCCCAAAGGUCUACCAAGCACUCUUAACGAGCUGCACCUUGACCACAACAAGAUUCAGGCCAUUGAGAUGGGAGAUCUGAGCCAAUAUUCCAAUUUAUACAGGCUAGGACUGGGAUACAAUAACAUCAGAGCGGUAGAAAAUGGCAGCCUGUCCACUCUGCCCACUCUAAGAGAACUCCACCUGGACAAUAAUAAGCUCUCCAAGGUUCCUCCAGGACUUCCUGAUAUGAAAUUUCUCCAGGUUGUCUACUUGCACUCCAACAACAUCACCCAAGUCGGAGUGAACGACUUCUGCCCAGUAGGAUUUGGAGUGAAACGCGCCUACUACAACGGCAUCAGCCUCUUCAACAACCCAGUCCCAUACUGGGAAGUACAGCCAGCCACUUUCCGCUGCGUUACCGACCGCCUGUCCAUCCAGUUUGGGAAUUACAGAAAGUAAAACGCAGUGGGAGGAAAAUUCUCAAAAGAAUUAAAUAAAGUUAAAAAAAAAGAGCGACAUGGUGAAAACAGAAGAGUAGAGCAAAAAAAUAAAAAAUGUAACAAAUAAACCCAGUGAUAAGAGGCAG